AUAUCUUCGGCCAAAUUAGCCUGUCUAUUCCUCUUAAAUAAUCUUGAUUGUAAAUAGAGCUAAUUCUUAAUGAAAUAAUCGCGAUCCGAGACGCGGGGAUCGGGAUCUCGGUUACGUAAGGGGUGGAGUGCAUGGGCUUUAUUAAGACGACCGACGGCUCUCCUAGUGAACACCGCUGUUCGUUAACAUUCCUGUAGCUAUUUCGGCAUUCUCAAAAUUUACGAUGGCGCCGACCGGAAAAUCGCCUCUGAACCUAGUUUUAGGUGUAUCAAGUGUCGGGGAUACAUCAAAGGACCCCAUGGCACGUUUCGAUACACCUGAUGAAGUAAACAAUUUUUUGGAUACAUUCACCGCGCGGGGCUACAAUCAACUUGAUACCGCGCGAGCCUAUCCCCCACACGCCCCCGGAACUUCCGAGCCUAGACUCGGGGCAGCUGGCGCGGGGGAUAGGUUCAUCAUUGACUCCAAAGUCUGGCCGGAGCACCAUACUAAAUCCGGCAUCAUUGGGGACGUCGAUAGUUCGCUUGAGGAAUUGAGGACAAAGCAGAUCAACAUCGAAUAUUUACAUAUGCCGGAUCGGGUAGCCAGUUUUGAAGAGAUUUGCGCGGGUAUGGACCAAGCGUAUAGAGAAGGAAAGAUUAAGGGAUGGGGCGUCUCGAGUUAUACUGCUGAGGAAAUCCAGAAGUUUGUCGAUAUUUGCGAGGAGCAUGGGUACGUUAAACUCAGUGCAUAUCAGGGGCAAUAUAAUGCUAUCGUGAGAGGUGGUGAAGAGGAGCUUUUCCCGGUAUUACGCAAGAAUGGUAUUGCUUUCUAUGCGUACAGUCCGGCUGCGGGUGGUUUUUUCUCUGGCGCUCAUAAGAAUAUCAAGCCCGGUGGACGGUUCGAUAAAGUGCAUGGUAUCGGAAAUUUGUAUUCGGGGUAUUUCUUGAAGCCGAGCAUCAUGGAGGCGGUAGAGAAGGCAGUGGAUGUAGCGGCCCAGCACGGAAUUAACGGACACGAGGCCGCAUUGCGAUGGAUAUCGUAUCACAGCAUCCUUGACAGGAAGUAUGGGGACUCCAUCAUUGUCGGUGCUUCUAGCUCGGAACAAUUGAACUCGAACAUCGAUGCGAUUGAGCGGGGUCCGCUCCCCGAGGAGGUAGUAGCCGCGUUUAAUGGCGUAUAUGGGCAAAUUGAUAAAGAGAGUGAAGUCCUGUAUUACCGGUAAAAUCCCGAUUGAGUUAGCCAGAGAGUCCCUCUAUUGAGGGUUAAAAUUUUGGAUUAAAGAAUUGACGGGGUUAACAAGCGCGAAACCCCACCAUUGUCUCUCUAAGGGGUGUCACGUGCACAUGAGGGG